GAAAGCUAGAGAAGGAGAGUGUUUAUACUGGAAUGUGAUUGUUCACUUCCUGGGUGAUGGGACAUACUGCACACACACGCAGAAAGGAGAGGAGAAAAGGGAAGAAGUUUGAGGGUGAGGGGGGCACCGUGCCUGCCGUGUCUGGAGAGUUCCCUCCACGAGUCUCCUCACAGGCUGGACCUACACGCAGAGUACCAUGAGUGAAGGUUUGCAGAUCAGAGCUGUGAGGACUUCUUCCAGGGACUAUGAAUCCAUUAAAUACAGAUCCCACAUCAACUCUCGCCAUAUCUGUUGAUCCCCGAUCUGCUACCACUGUCAUUUUGCCCUCGCAGAGGCCUGGAGAACCAUGGGAAGUGUGAGCAGCCUGAUAUCGGGUAACAGUCUCCACAGCAAACACUGCCGUGCCUCCGAAUACAGAACCAAGAGAGCCCUAUCAUCCAAGAAGUCCGGCCGCAACCUGGACGGCCUGCUGAGAUAUGGUUUCUCCCAGGACCCCUCCAACAACAACUCCAAAGCCUCCUUCCAGUCGGGCAAGAGCGACGAUUUCUUUUACAUCAACGUAAGCCAAAAGCCCCGGGCUGGCCGCCACAGGAACCUCGCAGAGGAGGACCAACCCGAGGGGUCGGCCGUCAUGGAAACGGGCAGCUGCACGCCGCCAAAACUUGUGCCCAUGUCCGGGAAGCUGGAGAAGGGCAACGAGAAGGGUCUGGUACGGCCGACAGCUUUCAAACCCGUCAUUCCCAGGAGCAGCACUUACACGGACGGUCAUAACGCCCUGAACCACGUCAACGGCAAAAGACUGAGCCCCUCAAACAGGACAAAGGACCAGCUGGACCGGAAGCUGGAAGCAGCCUCAGGGACUCUGUCCGAUUCGGGCCGGAACUCCAUGUCCAGCCUGCCCACACACAGCACCAGCGGCAGCAGCCAGACAGACAACCUCAGCGCCUCCACGGGCCUGCUGAUCCAUAGCGCCGGCAUUCCCCCGCACCUCAUCGCCACGCCGUCCGGGGGGGCGGGAGGAGCCGCCUCCAGGGCCCCGGCCUCCCGCGACGGGGCCCCUGCGAAGCCAGCCGGGGACGGGCCCUCGCCCGAGCAACACGACCCUCUUUCGGAGAUCGCCUGGGGCUGCGUGCGCACCCCCAUCUCCAUGGACGAGUCCCUCAUCCAGCAGCUGGAGCAGAGGCUCCUGGACAGGGAGACGGAGCUGCAGGAGCUGCAGGUCAGCUUCGAGGAGAAGGAGGCCGACACCUGCCAGCUCUUCGAGGAGAAGCAGAAGUACUGCGCUGAGGAGAUGCAGGGCCUUAAGCAGAGGUGCUCCACCAAACUGCGGCAGGUUUCCCAGAGGGCCGUCAAGGCCCAGCAGCUCCUCCAGCUCCAGGUCUUCCAGCUCCAGCAGGAGAAGAAGCAGCUUCAGGAUGACAUGACCCAACUGUCUCAGGAGAAGGACCUCAUAGAGGUCAAGCUCAGGUCCUACGAGACUAAGCAGACCCAACUGGCUCCAACACUGGAGGAAACUCAAUGGGAAGUGUGCCAAAAGUCUGGAGAGAUCUCUUUGUUGAAGCAGCAGCUGAAGGACUCUCAGGCUGACGUGAGUCACAAACUCAAUGAAAUUGUGAGCCUGAAAGCUGCACUGAAGGAGACAAAGAGCGUGGUAGAGACACUGGAGCAAAAAAACAAAGAACAAGAGGAGGCUGUCCACUCACGAACUGUGGAGGUGGAGGUAUGUGAGAAUGAGCUCCAGCGGAAGAAGAAUGAAGCUGACUUGCUCAGGGGGAAGGUGAGCAGGCUAGAGAUGGACAUUAGGGCCAUGAAGCAGGACCUGGCCCUGGCCAAGGAGCAGCAGUGGAGCCGCAGGGAGGCCGCCAAAGAGGGCCAGAGCAGGGUCAAAGGUCAGCCUGAGGGCGGGGCUGAGGAGGACAUGGAGAGCCUGCUGAAGGAGGUGGACAGGCUGAGGCGGGAGCUCAGGGAGGAGAAGCAGAGGAAAGAGAAGAUGGCGAGCAGCUUCCAGCAGGAACAGCAGACGUGGAACAAGGAGAAAGACAAGGUCAUCAAGUAUCAAAAACAGCUCCAGUACAACUACCUGCAGAUGCACAGGAAGAACAGAGACCUGGAGAAGAUCCUGCGGGAGCUGACCACGGAGCUGGAGAGCCGGACCGAGCUGGACGUAGAUGUCCAAAGCGCAGACAUUCACUAUGAGGAGAUCAUCGCCACGCAGAUAUGAGCUGCCUGGAGCUAUGGAAAACUGGAUUGAGAAAGGCCGAUGACACGACUCGAUGACAAUAAAAAGGCCUCUUCUAAAGCGGUUUGCUUCAACUUGAAGCAUUAUUUCUGCACAUUUCAAGUGAUCUCCUCAAUAAAUUACUGUUAAUAGGUGGUUAACCUACACCACAUUUCUUUAGAUACCAAACUACUGAAUGUACAUUUCAUUUUGUUUGUACAUUUCAACGGCAAACAAUUAUUUAUUUUGAUAACAGAAACAAUGUUAAUAAUCUGGAAUUUUGUAUUACAUUAUGAAAAAAAUAAUAAUAAUUAUUCACUUACCAGUAAUGUUACAUUUUUUCUACUUUUACACAUAAAAAUGAUUUGUACAGAGUAUCAGUGCACACGAUUGUAUGAGGACACAGCACUCUAAACAAUUAAUAUCUCACUGGUAUUAAUUGCCCCAAGAUAUAAACAGCAUGAUGUUUUUUGCAGUUUUGCUAUUGAGUAUUGAGUAUAUACACGAGUAGUCAUGAAUGUGGGUGCAAUCUACUGUCAAUGAAUAGGGUCAUUCAAAGCACUCUGCUGAUCAUUUAAAUGGCUUUAUAUACUUCUCAGUGCAGGUCAUAAUUAGGCACUAAUGGCAUUUUUAUGUGGAAUACUGCCAUUUAUUAACAUGAAAUGCAAUGCAACAUUGAACACAAUUACUGUACAAUCCAUAGCACACUGUAACUGCUGAAUACUUAUCAGGCAGAAAGAAUGUAUAUUUUUGCAGCAUAUGAUUAAGGUUCACAUUCCGCUGACAACCUAAUUGUUGAAAAACAAAAAUAGGAAAAAGUUUUUAUUCCUAGUUUUUAUUCCGAGUAAUUUUUGCAUACUCCCCCAAAAUAAAUCUUGUAUUUGGCAACUGAAAAGAUUUUGUUUUUGCAAAACACACAUAAAAGAGAAUUUCUCAAGAGUAUGCAUAUUAAUAAGAAUCAUUACAGAUAUGCAUGACCUAAUUUAGCUGGAACGAGAAGUUCCUGUAGCUGAACAGUGGAACGUAAAGCAUUAUUUUAACAGUAUUUCACUCUUAUGAUAUUUAAUUAUCAAUCAGACAGGUUGAGAACAAUCUACAGACAGGUAGAUAUUUAUGCACCAAGACUUCCAGCAGAAUGUGCAAGAAUGUUAACGGCAACUACUUCAUGUUUGUGUACCCAGAGAAUCAGUAGUUACAUCAAAAGAUCGAGAGUCCAUUAAAAUUUGAAAGAACGCCUGUGGCAUAUACAUCUUGUAGUCCAGCAUACUUACUCGUUAAACCAAGAAUUCAUGAAAAUAUUUUGUUUGCCUGUCUUCAAAACACAUCCGAGAUAUUUUCAAAGGUGAAUAAAUGAUAACAUAUAUAUUAUUACUCAUAGCCCGGUAUCAUAGAACCAUUAAAUAUCACAGUAUUCUGUCUUCCGGCAGCUUCCAUGCCUAUCUGAACAUCCCCAUGAAACAAUCACUCUGUGGGGAGGAAUGUUCCACAGGCUGGCUUUUUCUAGGAGGAAAAAGGGACUAGCCUUACUCUUUACAUGUCUAAUAAAAGUGUUCUUGGACAUUAAACAAGAAGAGGUCCCCAGAAUUCCCAGAAGCUUCUUGUUUAAGACUAAAGAUGGGUGACAAAAAAAUGUAAGGGCCUGAUUAAGACCUUUAACAUUUGCAAAACCUUUUAGCAUAAGCUAAACUAAUCACACAACCAAAUGAUUGGUGCAAAUCAAAUAGCAUGACUAAUCAUUGGUCAUGUUAUUGCCUUUGUGUGUGUUUUGCACAUGCUAAUGGCCUUUUUCCUGGUUCCUAUAAUUUCAAGUUCCUGUUAAACACAUUUUGAUGGUGGCACCAUCUUGACUUCAGAAACCCAGUCACCACUCAUUUCAACUGGUAAGGGCAUACAAUGUAUGCAUUGCUCAAAAGGGCUGAGUGUCAAAAGGCAUUCCUUCAAAGGGGAACUUGAACGUGUCCCAAUCUGCUUAUCUCAGUGUAUCCUGCACCUUCUGUUUGACCGCCAGCUUUUAGGGGGAAUGUCUUGCCUGGAAGCAUUUCACCUACCUGGUGUGUGAGGUAUACUAGUGGGAUAUAUUGGAAA